AUGCAAUUCACGCAGGAGUGGGAUGGAUAUGCCGUCCGUAAGUGGAUGAUUGAGAAUGUAGACGUUGUGGGAUACAUCUCUGGCUUCUAUCUCACCUUUGUCUUUCUCGGUCCACGUGUAUUUGCCAAACUCACUGGCAGUGAUACUAAUAAAGCUAAUAAUAAUAAUAAUAAUAAUAAUAAUAAUAAUAAUAAUAAUAAUAAUAAUAAUAAUGUGAGAAGUGAAGAUGGAAGUGGAUCGCCUAUGGUUCGCCGGGCCAUGGUGGUAUGGAAUUUAAGUCUUUCCAUCUUUUCCAUCUUUGGCACCAGUACCGUCACUCCCACACUUAUUCGUAAUCUUCUCAAUAAAGGUUUCUACAGUGCGACCUGUGAAUUUCGCGAGGAGGAAUUCUACACCACCAGUGUGGGUUUCUGGAUGGGUAUCUUUGCCCUUUCCAAGAUCCCGGAAUUAAUGGAUACCAUCUUCCUUGUUUUGCAGGGAAAACAGAAAUUACCCUUUCUUCACUGGUAUCAUCACGUUACGGUGUUACUCUUCUCUUGGCAUACAUAUUGUGUGGGAAGUUCUGCGUAUAUUUGGGUUGCCGCGAUGAAUUACAGUGUUCAUUCCAUUAUGUAUUUAUACUUUGCCUUGGCAGCGAUGGGGUAUAAACGGAUGGUUCGUCCAUUGGCGCCGUAUAUUACACUUAUGCAGAUCUCACAAAUGGUGAUGGGUUGUUUUGUGACGAUGUAUGCAAUGAAGGAAACUCAUGAUGGACGUGGAUGUGGAAUGACGUGGUCUAAUAUGCGGAUUCAAUUAUUAAUGUAUGCAAGUUAUUUAUAUUUGUUUUCAGAGAUGUUUGUGAAGGCACAUGUGUUUCCACCGAAACGACCUGCUAUCGCUACAAAUGGAUCUACAAAGAAGACAGCGUAA